UUUUUCAGUGGAUAAGGCCAGUUCCAUUACAGACAGCCGUGAACGUGCUCUGAAAGCAUGGCGCUCCUCGCGAGAAUUUCCAAGUGCGAGAAUGCGGUAAUGCUUGUUUAACAGUCAUGGAGUCAUCCUCAUUACUGGUCGUUUGGAGCUGCGUGCUCGCUGGGGGGUCAACGUUAUCUACACCUCUCAUUUAACGAUAAUACAAGCGUUAACAACCCAGUAAAACAAGGAAUAUCAACGUUUUACACCCUUCAUUUUGCGCGAUUAGCCGCAAGGACGUACAGCAGUAGCGUACCGACGGUUAAGAUGUACAUUGAUGGCCAGUUCGUAGAAUCGAAGGCCACAGAAUUCACGGAGGUCCACGAUCCAGCCACUAAUAAAUUACUAUGUCGCACACCAAAGUGCACGAAAGAAGAAAUGCAGACAGCCGUCAAAAGUGCAAAAUCUGCGUACGAGAAAUGGAAAAACACUAGCGUUCUUACUAGACAAACCUUGAUGCUGAAAUACCAGGCACUCAUUCGUGAACACUCGAAAGAGAUUGCAGCAAAUUUAGUUCAGGAGAAUGGAAAGACAAUGGCGGACGCGGAAGGGGAUGUUCUUCGAGGUCUUCAGGUGGUGGACGCAUGCACCGCAAUUCCUUCCCUGCAAAUGGGCGAGAGUACACCAAACAUCGCCACAGAUAUGGACAUAAUUUCCUACAGAGUUCCCCUUGGUGUAACUGCCUCCAUCUGUCCGUUCAAUUUCCCGGCGAUGAUACCGCUGUGGUCGUUUCCGGUUUCGGUCGCGUGUGGAAACGCGACCAUUUUGAAACCGUCCGAGCGUGUGCCAGGGGCAUCCAUGAUCCUGGCCGAUUUGUUCACCAAGGCCGGUGCUCCACCAGGAUUAUUGAACGUUAUACAUGGCCAACAUGCCGCUGUUGAUUUUAUCUGCGAACAUCCGGAUAUCAAGGCAGUUUCUUUCGUUGGUUCCGAUCAGGCGGGAAAAUACAUAUACAAACAGAGCAGCGCCCACGGCAAACGAGUGCAGUGCAACAUGGGAGCGAAGAACCAUUGCGUUGUAUUGCCAGAUGCAAACAAAAACAAGACCCUUUCUCAGAUCGUCGGUGCGGCGUUCGGAGCAGCUGGACAAAGAUGCAUGGCUCUCUCGGUAGCCAUAUUUGUCGGCCAAUCGAAGGACUGGAUACCUGAUCUGGUAGAAGCCGCGAAAAAAUUGAAGGUCAAUGCUGGCCACGUACCUGGGACCGACCUUGGACCAGUUAUAUCGCCGCAGUCCAAGAAGAGGAUAUGCGAAUUGGUGGAGUCGGGGGUGAAAGAGGGCGCGACGUUGGCUCUUGAUGGUAGAGGACUCGUUGUCAGUGGUUAUGAAAAUGGAAACUUUGUUGGACCGACUGUUCUUACUAAUGUUGAGCCCACAAUGAAAUGUUACACAGAAGAAAUUUUUGGUCCCGUGCUUUCCUGUAUUUUCACCAACACCCUAAACGAGGCUGUGGAUAUAAUUAACAAGAAUGUUUAUGGAAAUGGAACUGCGGUGUUCACUACAAAUGGCGCAACGGCGAGAGCAUUUAUAAAUAGAAUCGAGGCUGGUCAAGUUGGUGUAAAUGUUCCUAUUCCUGUCCCAUUGCCAAUGUUCAGUUUUACAGGAAAUAAGGGGUCGUUUUUGGGUGAUAAUCACUUUUAUGGGAAACAUGGCGUCAACUUCCACACACAAGUUAAAACCAUAACUCAGUUGUGGAGAUCUGGAGAUUCCAGCGACAUCGCAUCCUCAACAGCUAUGCCGACUAUGCAAUAAAAGAACUUGACUUCAACUUCCACGUUGAAUAUGUGAACAUUAAAUACUAGUUCCUAAUUUUUGCACUUAUAUUAAUUCUUACGUUCAACAUCUUUAAUGGUUAUACUUCCUCUUUAUGAAGUAUAGUGUACAAAUUUCUAUAGGCAUAUGUUACAAGAAAAACGUCUUCCAUUGAUCCAAUUUCAGUAGAACUGAAGUGGAGAAAUUUUCUUAGCAUUUUAUGUAUCUAUAUUUUGUAAUAAAAUACUAAUAAAGAAUUCCAUGCAGAGCUA